UGGAUACUAUCCAUGGAUGAGCGAGGAAAGCCCCCCCGAGUUGCAACCGUACGAGAAAUGGCAAAUGUCCUUCUUGCCAAACGCGAUGAAUCCACUACUCCACCUACAGUUGGCAAAUGCUGGGUAAAUGGUUUCAUGAGACGCAAUGAGCUUGAAUCCAAAUUUUCACGCAAGUACGACUACAGGCGAGCCCUAUGUGAAGAUCCCAAGAUUAUUCGAGAAUGGUUUAAGCUCGUACGGGACACAAUAGAGAAAUAUGGCAUCCUACCUGAGGAUACAUACAACUUUGAUGAGGUGGGCUUUCUGAUGGGGAUUAUUGCAACAACCAGGGUGGUUACUGGCUCUGAAAAGAACCUCCGUCCAAAUCUGAUACAGCCUGGGAACCGAGAAUGGGUCACUGUGAUUGAGGGAGUCAAUGCUAGUGGUUGGUUCUUGCCACCAAUGUUCAUCCUCAAGGGCAAGAACCAUCAGCCUUCCUGGUAUCAAACUGAGGGAUUGCCAUAUGGGGGGGCAAUUGGGACCAAGAACUCUAUCAUCCCUCUCUACAUGCCACCACACUCCUCCCAUCUCUUGCAGCCACUGGAUGUCAGCUGUUUCUCCCCCUUGAAGCAAGCAUAUGGACAACAUGUUCAGAAGAGUAUGGUGCUUGGCAUCAACCACAUUGACAAGGAUGAGUUCUUAACCAUAUAUUCUUCAAUUCGUACAGCAGCCCUGAGUGAAAGAAACAUCCAGAGUGGGUUCAGAGCUACUGGAUUAGUUCCAUAUGAUCCAGAGCAGGUUCUUUCACGUCUCAACACCCAGAUGUGUACACCAACCCCCCCAGGAACCUCUCAUAGUUCCCAAUCCUCUUGGGUCACGGCCACACCACAUAAUAUACGCCAAGUGGAGCUCCAGGCUGAGAAGGUCAAGGGAUAUAUGCAGCAGUGCAUGCAGGGUCCAUCCAGUCCGACCAAUCGAGCUCUGAAUCAGUUGAUCAAGGGAUGUUGUAUGGCCAUGCACAGUGCUGCCAUUCUGGCAGCAGAAAACAGGGCACUGAAGGCUGCAAAUGAGAAGCAAAAGAGAAAGCAAGAGAGGCGCCGUACAUAUAUAGGACAGGAAGAUGCUUUAACUAUUGAAGAAGGGAUAGAUCGUGUACGAAGAGCUAAUGAAGAGGAGAGUAGGGUGGUUGAGGUUACUGAGGAAAGACCACAAAAACGUGCUGCACUUGUGGUGAAAUUUGACUGUGAAGCUGUAUGA